GGGGGGUCCCGUCCCAGCCCCUCACUCGCUCUCGGUCCCGCUCGGUGGCUCCGCGGCCGCUGAGGCGCCGUCACGUGACGGGCACUGGUGGCCAAUGGCGGCGGCGCCCGCGCCGCUGAGGGCCACCCAAAAUGGCGGCGGCGAUGGCGGCAGUCCCGUCUCGCCUGAGGGCCCGUUACCCGCUGCCCGCUCCGCUCCGAGCCCUCCCCGCAGCCGCGGGGCCCCCUCCCGUGUGCCGGGUGAGCCGCCGCGGCUGCCGGAGGGUCUCCCCGCAGGCGGAGGGUUUCCCUUGGUGUGCCUCAACAGCGCUUCUGGAGGGAAGCGAGUGCCCACCCCGGGGGCAAUACAGACCCUUUGCGCCAGAGGCUCAGUGAACAAGACGCGAUCGAAACAGCGCUUUCUAAGGGAAGUAUCCAGAGAACACCCGAGCAGAGCUCUGGAAAUCCGCAGGAAAUGUGGCAAUACACAAACCAACAUGGACUAUCCUAAUGAGUCCCACUGGUCAUUUGAUUAUCACAGCAAAUUUAGAAGCUCACAUGGUGCAUCUUGGAGAAAGGGCCACACAGCCUCGGCCAUACAAGGGACCUGCUGCCAGGGGCAGGGCUGCUCCGAGGAGUUGAUCCUUUUGCUGAAGGAGAACCAAGACCUGAUGAGGAUGUGCCUGGGCCUCUGCUCUCUGCAGAGGGCAUUGCUGAGAGAGGAGGAAACGGACGACUCGGAAGAGGAGGAGACUCCACUGCUCUACUUGACCGUGGAUCCCCAGCUCCAGCAAGGCCCUUCCCUGCAGAGCCCCACACCCACCACCCCAGGGGAACCAGGCAGCUCGUCCUCGUCUCACUCCAGGCAGCAGAUCCUCAGUUCCUCAGCCAUUGCUGGGGAUCUUUACACCUCUCCCUGCUGCUGAGUGAUCCUGGCAACUCCUUUUCCUCUAGUUCUCUGCUCCAGAUUUCAGCCAGUCCCAGCACAGACUGUGAACCCCCCUGCCCUCAACCAGACCCAAACUGCUGUUUAGACCCCCCCCUUAAAUC